AUGGAAACGACUCGGGAUGGUAUAAUACAGGCAGCCAAGAAAAAAUUAAACGAAACCCAAGCUCGUGUUGAAGAGCUUAAAACUUUGUUCGAAGGGGAACAGAAUAAAGGUAAGAACUACAAUAUAUCUUGAAACUAUUUUGUAAUAAAUAAACUUUAACAAUUUUACUGCUUUCUGAUUUGCAUUUUAUGCGCAAGAUAAACUAGGAGUUACUAUUGCAAGGAAAGUGCUGCCUUAAACUUAACGCUCUCAAUAGAUAGAUCGGAAAAAUGACUGGGCAAACAUUGGGCUGUUUCGUGUUGUUUAAGGCGCCCAUGAAGGAGCACUGGUCUUCUUUGGAAUGAGCGCUUAAACGUUCAUGGCCUUGCUUAUGUUAUCUUUUCAAAUAAACAAAAACAUUCUAGAUGUAUUGCUCUUGAAAGAAUACAAUUUAAUAGUGCAGAGAGAUCAGAUAGUCGGACAACGCGAUCGAAUUGAAAAAACAACGCGCUAUUUUCUCGUUUAUUACGUUUGCUAAUUGGAAUUUGCUAAUUGGAGUGGGCAUCCGUUUGUUACGUUCGCCAAUUAUGACGUUUGUAAUUAGCAUUAGCGCAAGCUAUAACGCAAGACAUUCCGAUAUCGACCGACGGAAAGUCGAGAUCGCGACAAUAUAUAGAUCGUGCAAAAGACUGGGCCAAGUGAACUCUGGAGAAACGUGAAGAAUGGCGUGCUGCGUCUACGCUAGGCAACAAUAUAACGUUUCCGUUCCUAUGCCAACUUACUAACUCCUCAGUGAUUUCAUUCGCGUCCAAAAACCUCCAGUUUUCAUCGUGGUUUUCAUUAGAGGGCUGAUGAUUACUCCGCAUUACAAUUAAUAGUUUACCACGAAACAGAUCAAAAUGUUUUCUUUACUAUUUCCAACUGAUUUGCAUUCUUUGUUAUUCAGUUUUAGAUGCAGAACGUGCUGGUAACAAACAAAUAUUAACUUCAAUGGAAACAACUCUCGGCGUCUCCCUCCUAACAUUGCAUGACCGAAACUGACCGUAAAGAAGUGCAGACUGCUCUUGCGUCUGACGUAGUGCGAGCUCAUGGUGACGUCAAGACAACACUUGAUGUUUCCUUCUCGACCAUAAAAGAACCUCGUCACAAAGAGGUGCAAAUUGUUUUUGUGCCUGAUGUAGAAGGCGAGCUUGUAUACCAGUUACCUUCUAUUUAAAUACAAGUACCAAGGAUCCUGGGACAUUCGUUCAUGGUGACGUCAAGACAACACCUGAUGUUUCCUUUCCAACGUUGAAAGAAACUGACUAUGAAGAAGUGCAGAUUGUUCCUGCAUGUGUCUGACGUAGGAGGCGAGAAUAAGUCUUGUGAUUCAAAUACAAACAAUAAUCUCCCUCUGACGUUGAUUCAUAGGGACGCCAAGACAUGCGCGGUGAUAAACUGAACAAGAAUGUUGCUAAUCACGUUGAAUGUGAACGAUGUACGACAGACGUUCUUGAUGUCUUAAAUAAUGAGUCUUCUGAUGUUGAGGUCUGGAAUGAUGGCUGUUCGUUUCCAUCAAGUCCACAUACGUGCACUGAAGAUGUUUAUGCGUGCGAGGCUUAG